ACGUAUGAAGUUAUAGCUGAAUUUUUAGCCAAGUGUGAUGGCGUUACGAUGGGUUUACGAAUAUUGAAAAAUACAGGUUGUAAGUUGAAGCAUUUGAACUUUGAGGAGAAGAUGGCCAUAUUUUGACAUGAACGUUGUCUAGGAACAAAUCAUAAAUGAACUUAGUGGCCCAAGAUCUCCAAUACGUGGUUGUAUUGAUGGAUGGAGUCGAAAAAUAAUGUGGCUAACAGUCACAAAGUCGAACAACCAUCCAGAAAUUAUUGCCAAUUUCUAUUUGAACUGUGUUGCAGGGUCAGAAGGCUGUCCAGUGAAACUGAGGACUGACUGUGGAACAGAAAACGGUGUAAGAGCAGCUUUACAAUGUACAUUUCAACAAGAUGCAGAAGCGCACAAGUAUGGGUCAUCUCUGGUGAACCAAAGGAUUGAGAGCUGGUGGGUAUUUUACGGAAGAAACAGUUGUUGUAAAGCAUGUAGGAAGCGGCUAGAGUAUGAAAGAAGUGCUUGAGUGCUCAAGCCGCUUCAUAACCCUUUAACUCCCAAGAUCUCACUAUUAAUUCUCCUUACUAUCUGCCAUUAAGUUCUUGUGAUGUCAGUUUUGAGAAUUUGGUAUUGUAUCAACUUAUAAUCCACUAAUUGAUAUUUUUCUUUGUUCUUGUCACAUGUCUACUUGAUGUUGUAAAGAUAUUAUAAGGAGAAAUUCUGUCUUGGUCACUCAUGGGAGUUAAAGGGUUAAGUGCUUUACAAUAGAACAGAGCACUGUCAAGGCUUCUCUAUUUUUUUUAUAAUAAAGAAUCCAUUAAAUUCCCCACACAUUGCUUUCAAUUUUUAAAGCAAACUCUAGGUGAUAAAUUGUGACUGGUCCCAAAUGGGGGCAUAGUUUUUUUUUUUGUUUUUUUGUACUAAAUUUGUCUUCCCUCUAAUUAUGCCCACUCAUAGUGCCUCUUUUGAGUCAGUUUUUGUUUUGUUUGGGAGGAGAUCACAUUAAGCCGUCCUAGAUAUAAUGCAGUUAGUCAAAAUGCUUUCUUAGUCUUAAUACAGUUAAGAUGUUGUGGCUCUUUUUAUAAACAAGGACAUCCUCUGAGAUUUUCUUAAAUUCAUGGCUCAGCCUUUUGUGACUUUGAGAUAAGAGUGACUCUUAAAUGUAGCAUGCAUUUAAGUUCAAUAUUUAAAGUAAUCAUAAAAGACAAUCACAAUGACUAAAUAAUAACUCCAAAUGAAAACAAAAACAAAGCCUACUUUUAAAAGAGCUGUAAGGCUUGAGUGAUUAACCUUCCACACUCCAACAUCAUAAUGUACAUUCUCUAUACUGUUCUAUAUGUACAAGAAUAAUUUGUUUGGCAAUCGAGAGCUUCUUCAGUUGGUGAUUAUUUCCUUUACCCUCGUGAUCUUCCCGUUUGAUUCAAGGUUGAUAGUGUAGGGAGAAAUAAGAUGCUGGUCAGCUCUAAGUGGUUAAAGGGUUGUCACCGUUGGGUUAAUGAAGUAUAGCAUCUGACAGGGUGAGAUAUUGGUGCGAGCUUGCUGGACCACUUAUAGACCAAAGUGAAGUGAUACCAAUGUAAUGGAUACUAAGUUGAAAAUUUUCUUAUCUUGCAGGACACCAUGUGUUGCGUGACAUUCGAAAUAACUACUGCAAAGGAGUCAACAGACAUGGCACACUGAUCUUCUCUUCUCAGUGGCAGCCCAAGCGAGGCCUAUACCCUGACAUUAGGCAAUGAAGAUCUGUCUGUUUACUGUUCCAUGAAUGAAAAGAGUUUGGAGACUGCGUUGGUGGAGGAUGGACGCUGGUCAUGAAGAUCAAAGACAAACAGAUAAUCCAAACAUGUUGAGGGCUCCAAAAUGCCAUUAACCCUUUCACUCCCACAAGUGACCAAGAAAGAAUUUCUCCUUACAAUAUCAAUACAAUAUCAAGCAGGCAG